UGUUCUUGAACAAAAGAAAAGGAGGAGACGAUGUUUUGUUCUCUGUAUACAUGGCGGAUAAGGGAAAAAGUAAGGCUUAAAUUGCAAGAACAUUCAGGCUGUUUGUUAAGAGGAAAAGUUAUAAUGAUAAAGAUAGCAAGGUAGUGAAGUAGUUUGGGAAGGCUGUGGAGUAUCCAUCAAAGGUCUGUAAGAGAAGGUUAGACAAAUGUUUUUCAGAAAUUAGGACUGAGGUCUCUGACUUGGGAAGGAACUCUUAUGACCCUCUCAUCUUGGGAGUGAAUCAUAGAAAAAGGUUUGAAGGACACAAAAGAAGAGCCACAGAGGGAACAUAGGCUUUUUGACACUCAGAUAUGUCUACAUGCUAUUUUGGAAGUUAACAUGAGCUCACAGGCCAACUAAUCUGGAAGCAGUACAGGCACAGCAAGCGUGGCCCUGUGCCAGACUAAAAAGACCCACUGAGAGUAACACUAUCUAGUUGCUGAGUGCCUGGAUCUCAGAAUGGAAUCUAUGGCCUUGAUGGUGGCAUCAUUGCUAGAAGACAAAACAAGGGGUGCAUCGCCAAUUGUUUAACACCCUUCUUCAGUAACUGUCAUCAGCCUCAAAUGAAGCAGCUAUUCAACAGAUAGCAAAGCAGAGUUGUAUUUUUUUUCCCCUUAAGAAUUAUAUAAUGGGGACAGGAUGUAUACGGAGACCUAUAUACAGUUUGAAUACACAGAUCUAAGGAAUCACAAGUGGAAAUGAGUAAUGAAGAGACUGAUGCGCUACGUUGCUGGAGAUGUAGAAAAUACAUAGCAAAUUCCGUUUUCCUUAUAAAACGUCAUGGAGAAAAACCAUCCAGAGCGCCUCAGCAUUCAGCUGCUGCUCAGGAGACUUGCAACAUAUGGCAUGUGAACUUAGAAGCCAUUCCAGAGUGGGUGAAAUGUGUUAUUGAAAAGGCACAGUGGACAACUGGAAAACUGCACUGUCCGUUCUGUGAGGCCCGCUUAGGGGGCUUUAACUUUGUUUCCAACACAAAGUGCUCCUGUGGACAGUUUGUAAAUAUACAUUUCUGCAAGAGUCGGACUGACUAUCAGCCAGCUUCCUCUGUUAAAUUGGCAAAACCAUUAGCAAAACGCUUACCACUCUGCAGAAUUCAAUCUGGUUUUAACAAGGAUCCCCACCACAAAGUGGUAACUGCAACUUUGGAAAUCAAAAACCAAGGAUUUUCAUCUAUGGCCAGAAAUAAUGAUGGCAUUGGAAGAUUAAUAGAAGCACUUUGUCUGGAAGUAACAUCGCCCGGUUUUGAGAUGAAGGGUAAAAAAAUUCCCUUAAAGGCAUUCAAUCAAAAAAAAAAUCUUUCUGCUGCCUGGCCGAUAAAUGAUGUACGUGCUGUAAAAGCUUUUCACAGAAGGUCACGUAGUUUGGAUUUAAGUAUCGGAGAGAGGCUUGUUUUGUUGCCUGCUUCAUGUGGAACUUCCGGUGUGGGAACUAUUUGCCAUGGCCAAAAUGAAAAUCCACCUGUUUACACAAGAUGUGACUUGCAAUUAGAGUCCAAUCAGAAAGAGGAUACGGCUUUUCAGGACCAGUUCAGUUUGAAUGCUGAAGAACUGCAGAAAAGGUUUCAAGUUACUUCCUUUAACCCAUUAGUACAUAGAGAAGCAGAAAGUGAAUGUGAUUUUGAAGCUACUGGGCAAUAUUCCAGGAGUGCCCUUGCUGAUCAGUCACCUUUUGUGAUGAACCUUGCUUCAUCUGUGAGUGCUGUAGAAGACGAACAAUACAUCACACCUAUUGGUCUUGCGCAGCCUGCAAGUAUUUCCUUCAACCAAAAGCUGAGUAAGAGAGAGAGAAACAAGCUGAAAAGUUUAAGGAGAAAACAAAGAAGGCGAGAACGGUGGCUACAGAAGCAAACUGCAAAUGAUAACCUGCAUACAGAUGACAUGCCUGAAUUCAGAGGAGAUAAAGAAAACUAUCUCUGUGCAGUGUGCCUGGAUGUUUAUUUCAAUCCUUACAUGUGCUAUCCGUGCCACCACAUCUUUUGUGAACCUUGCUUAAGGAUGCUUGCCAAAGACAAUCCAGCCAGCACUCCAUGUCCACUGUGUCGCACUACAAUUGCCAGAGUCUUUUUCCAAACAGAACUGAACAACUCUACCAAAUCUUUUUUUCCUACGGAAUAUAUGAAAUUAAAAGAAAGCUUUCAAAGAUCAAAUUCUGCAAAAUGGCCUCUACCAAGCUGCAAGAAAGCUUUCAGAGUUUUUGAAGCAGGUUUUCAAAGACGUUCAGAUACUGUAACAAGGAGGCAUUUCCCACAUGCCGCUCACAGGAUGGACUACAUGGACUUUGAGGAUGAUAGCCGUGGAUGGCGGUUUGAUAUGGACAUGGUGAUAAUCUACAUUUAUUCUGUCAACUGGGUAAUAGGAUUUAUUGUGUUCUGUUUUCUUUGUUACUUUUUUUUUCCUUUUUAGUUUGUAUUAAACUAACAGCUAAAGAAAACAGCAAUUAUGUGAACCAUGAUAAUAUGAAUAGAAACAACCUAAAGAAGGCAAAAUGUUUGACAUUGCAUUUUGAUCAUUAAGAACUGUAAUAGACUGCAUCAAGCAUGCUGUAAGGCUGUUUGCUUGAUAGUUCUGCUAUAUGUGACAAAGUACUUGAGUUUGGUUCCAAAUAUAAUUUGAAAUCCAGAUCAUACUUAAUUCAGUGGGAGUUUUGCUGUGAUUCAGAUGGGAGCAGGAUUUUACCCCUAAUGUAUAAAGUAAUUACUCCAUAGAAAUAUACAGUACCGUUUGUUCUUAGGGGAUUUCUGUCCAUUACAACAGAACAUGAUCCACAGGGUCAUUUUAGGGGUUGACUGCUGGCAGACCUUGCAGCCUUAAGCAAGUCAUCUCACUUAUGGGUGCUUCAAUCCCUCAUAUACAAAACACCAACAAAGAUGUUUCUCAUUUAUAGUCAGAUCUCUUGGGGACCGUAGAUUAUAAGUACCGCAGUGCUGCCCUAUGCAUUAUAUAGAUCUUUAUCAGAGCUCUUUCAAUGGCAUAAUUCAAGUUCUGGGUAAUUUUGUCAGUUGCUAGACCUGCCAGCAUUCUGCUGUGGGGAUGUGCUGCAUUCAUUGCCAGAUAUUCUGAGCCUGUUAACCAAAAAGAGAAAUGAUACCGGACAGUUUGCUAAAACAGUUCGUCUUUUCAGCAAAUGGCAAUCAGAGUGAAUCAACUAACAACCCCAAGUUCUGCACAAUUAACCCUUUUUGCACAGAUUUCCAAAGUAGCACUAUACCUUUUUUACCUAUCCAGAUGACUGCAUACGGAUCUAGGAAGACACAGAGCUAGAGGGCAAGCAGCAGGCCUGCUGGCUGUGAUGCCAUGAGACGCUAACCCCAGUAAAUACAGGAAAAAGAAGUGUUCUUCAAUUUUAAUUCAGCCUAUGUAUGGCUGUAUGGAAUUCAUACCUUUUUAAUUACUGUAACAAUUUGAGGAUACCCCUAGCUGUGGGCUCACCAGUACUAUGUGUCUCCCAGGAAAUCAAUUAAGAGGACACAAUAUUUAUUUGCACCUUUCAUGUAAAAGGGUUUUAAAGCACUUUAUAGUUAAUGUAUGCAAAAUCGCAGAGUUACUGUACCAACCUGCAGCCAAUUCAGCAUUUGGUCCAUACUUGCUGCUUUACAUAAUAUUUUUCAAAUUAAAGUGAAAGAACUUCUUUAAAUUACAGGAGGCAUAUCGGAAACUUGCAGAAAUCAAGUGCCAAAGAAUGGUACAACGUAGUUAAAAGGCUUACUUUUCAGGAAGGUACAGGGAAGGGGCAUGAUUCUACCAAGCACACUGCAGUUUGAUCUUAGAAAAGCAUGUGCAUAUAUGCAUGUUCCUCUGGUAUCGGGAUUUGUGUGGGAGACCUGUGGUUUUUCAGUAGGUGGUGUACUCCCCUGUUCAAGCAGAGAACAAGGAGAAAUGUGUUAUGGAAGCUGCCAUCUGCCAAAUGUGAUGGAAUGACGUGAAUCAGAAGUUUUAUCAGUGUGCUUAACAUUAAGCAGGUGCUUAUGCUUCUUUGUUGAAGCAAGGCCAGCAUGCUCAGUCUCUUAUGGGCUAUGAAGAAGUGAUAGGACCAGAAACUUUCACUUAAUCUGAAAAACAGCAGUAAAUCAGCUACUAAUAUUUAGUUUUCAUUAUAGGCUGGAAAAAAUAAUUGCUUUAUCUCUUUGAGAAUAUAUGUGCAGAAUUAGAAUUUACCAGUCUAGCUACACUAAUUGAAAUAAAAUCCUUUCACCAUCAUUUAUUUAAUGUACACAAACUUAAGGAAACAUAAUAAUUUUAAUUCACCAUCAUAGUAUAGUACGUAAUUACAGUAUAUCCAGUUGUAACAGAGCCAAUGCCGUAUGGGAUGGCAUUAGGCAUAAUAUUUUCUAAGUUUAAGGUUGUAAUAAAGCUUAUGGCAAAUUUCUUCUUUAUAUUUAAACUUGUAAAAGCUAGUUUAUUGUCAUAGGUUCAUGUUUUGCUACAUCCACAUGUGUAGGGUCUGUAUGUUCAAAAAUUAUCAAAAUUUAAACAUUUUUCUCAUCUAUGCCAGGACUGAUAUUCUAGCUACAUGUUUUUGUCUCUUUCAUCUUAAUAGCUAACUGUUCCUAUCUUAGCAAAGAAAAGGACUGACUGACCUGUUCAUCCAAAUUGCUUAUACCUUUCAAUCUCACAAAAUAUUAAAAUAAGAUAUAGCAUAAAAAAUUACUUUAACUUAACUGACAUACUGAUAGUCUGAAAGUCCAAUAAUAAUUUUAAGUAGUUUAAUCUAGGAUAUCUGAUAAAGCAAUAUCUUUAAAUUAAUAUUCCAAAAUAUAUUGAAACCAUAAAACAUAAUAUAGAUAUCACCAAUUGUGUGCAAAUAAAAUUACUUAAAUCAUUUUUACUAGCAUGUUACCAUGGAUUUAUUCUGAAAAAGACAACAAGGAGAGUCAAAAAUCCAAUGUAAUAUUGGCCCCUUUUGUACAUUUACAGCAAAAAUUGAUAGCUGAGGAUGGCUAAAUUAGUCAGAAUAACAAUUUUGUAUGGCAUUUCUAACUGUAUAGCUGUAUCUUUCUCUGACGCGUAAACAGUAAACUGUUUCUUGGGCUACACUGUUCUACUGUAUAUUGGUUGUUAUUAAUUCCAGGGGGCAAUUAGUUUAAAAAAAAAUGCAAAGGCACAUAAAUAAGACUGUUGCAACCUUUUUUUU